AUGGAGGCUGCUGAAGAAAGCCCGGUGGAGAUCCACUGCCCCUCUCAGGACAGCUCAAUCACGUCGGAUAAUAACACUGGUACAGAUGAAGUUCUUGACUCACUAGAGGGCAAGAGGAAGCGGAAAGGGUACUUUCCAACCAAGUCCGUGAAGAUCCUCCGUGAUUGGCUGUAUGAGCAUCGGUUUAAGGCGUACCCUUCAGAGACAGAGAAGCGAAUACUGUCAGAGCAGACCAGUUUGUCUUGCCUGCAGAUCUCUAAUUGGUUUAUCAACGCUCGCAGACGCGUUCUUCCGGAAAUGCUUCAAGAGGAUGGAAACGAUCCCAACCAGAUCACCACGUACGACCAAAAAGGCAGGGCUGCUGAUGUGACCCACCAGCAAAGCACGGAUCCAUCUAUGGCCGAGUCAGGGCCCGAAGAUCCGGAAAAGAUGCAGUGCCUGCCCCUGAGCCCCCUACCAAUGGGCCAGGAGUCAGAGGAGAAGCUGCUGGAUUCAGAGGAGAAGCUGCUGGAUCCAGAGUCGGCCCCAGGCCAAAAGCUCUCUCCAAAGGCCCAGCCAAAUAAAAAGGUCAAGAUUUCCACCAGCAGGACCUUGCUUCUCUCUUCUCCCGAACCUGUGUCGACAGAGGAGUACCAGGAUUUCAGCAGCUUCCAGCUGCUGGUGGAUGCAGCCGUACAAAAGGCUGCCGAGCUGGAACUACAGAAGAAGCAAGAGCCCAAACCAUGA